CGAAUGAAGCAUAAUAAUUUCCAAGAAAUGAAUCCCCUUGUAAUACGGUGUAGUACGUAGGGCUCUUCUAGUGAUAAUCUGAACCCCAUUUUUUCUUUUAAAUCUGUGGUGCCAUAGCAUAUAGAUAGGUCAUCGGCCAUUCAAGAAUUUGUUUUUCUGUCGGUAACAAUGACUUCAUAUAACUCCAAUUCCAAAUUGGCUCAACCUGAAAAGCAACUUCCUCAAGGGCAAUGGUCCACUGGCCUUUUCGAUUGUUUGGACGAUCGUUCUAACUGUCUUCUCACUUGCUUCUGUCCAUGCAUCACCCUCGGGCGGAUUGCGGAGAUUGUUGACAGGGGAACUACAUCUCGUGGGAUGGCUAGCCUCAACUCCUACGCAAUGGGGUCUAUUGGCUGUGGGUGGCUAUAUUCUGGAAAAUAUCGAGCCAAGUUGAGAGCAAUGUUUUCACUACCAGAAGAACCAUGCGGUGAUUUUGUGCUCCAUGGCUGCUGCUGUGUCUUUUCUAUUUGUCAGGAGUACAGAGAACUCAAAAAUCAUGGAAUCGAUCCCUCCAUAGGGUGGCAAGCUAACGUUGAGAAGUGGAACCGGGAAGGGAUCAAGCCCCCGAUUGUCGAAUCGGGCAUGGAUCGUUAAUUUACUACCGUCUUAUGUUAAAAAUUUAUUAUGAGUUUGGUUUAGGGUUUGCUUAUCAGAUUGAUCAUUUGCGAGUAUGUAUUUAUGUUCAUUCUCAUUAUGUGACCGCCAAAAACUUUCGUACAUGUAUUAUUAUGUAUGUAUUGAAUUUAUGUGCUUGGCUGCUCUUUUUUGUUACUUUAUGCGUCUUAAGCUACCCAUUUAUGUCCUUUUGUGCUACAUAUCAGCAAAGC